AUGACAAUUUCUUCUGCGCAUCCUGAAACAGAACCUAAAUGGUGGAAAGAAGCUACAGUCUACCAGAUUUACCCAGCAAGUUUUAAAGACUCUAACAAUGAUGGCUGGGGUGAUAUGAAGGGUAUUGCUUCUAAACUGGAGUACAUCAAAAAUAUUGGUGCUGAUGCUGUUUGGAUCUCACCAUUCUACGAUUCUCCACAAGAUGAUAUGGGUUACGAUAUUGCCAAUUAUGAAAAAGUUUGGCCUACUUAUGGUACCAAUGAAGACUGCUUUGCCCUGAUCGAAAAGACUCACAAGCUGGGAAUGAAAUUCAUCACCGAUUUGGUCAUUAACCACUGCUCAAGCGAACACGAAUGGUUCAAAGAGAGUAGAUCUUCCAAGACCAAUCCUAAGCGUGACUGGUUCUUCUGGAAGCCUCCUAAGGGUUACGAUGACGAAGGUAAUCCAAUUCCUCCAAAUAACUGGAAAUCUUAUUUUGGCGGCUCCGCAUGGACUUUUGACGAAAAGACGCAAGAGUUUUACUUGCGUUUGUUUUGCUCCACCCAACCUGAUCUAAACUGGGAAAAUGAAGAUUGCAGAAAAGCAAUCUAUGAAAGUUCUGUUGGGUAUUGGUUAGACCAUGGAGUUGACGGUUUUAGAAUCGAUGUGGGGAGCUUGUACUCCAAGAUUCCUGGUUUACCAGAUGCUCCUGUUAUUGACAAAAACUCGACCUGGCAAUCGAGUGAUCCAUUCACUUUGAAUGGUCCACGUAUUCAUGAGUUCCAUCAAGAAAUGAACAGAUUUAUCAGAAACAGGGUCAGAGAUGGCAGAGAGAUCAUGACUGUUGGCGAAAUGCAACAUGCUUCAGACGAAACCAAGAAGUUGUACACAAGUGCUUCAAGACAUGAACUUGGUGAGUUAUUUAACUUCUCUCAUACUGAUGUUGGCACUUCUCCACUAUUCCGUUAUAAUUUGGUGCCUGCAGGCUUGAAAGAUUGGAAAAUAGCACUUGCAGAGCUGUUUAGAUACAUUAACGGAACUGAUUGUUGGUCAACUAUUUAUCUGGAAAACCACGACCAACCACGUUCGAUCACCAGAUUUGGUGACGAUUCUCCAAAGAAUCGUGUCAUUUCAGGUAAGUUAUUGUCUGUGCUGCUAACCGCUUUGACCGGCACUCUGUACGUUUACCAAGGACAAGAGUUGGGCCAAAUCAAUUUUAAGAACUGGCCUGUUGAGAAGUACGAAGAUGUCGAAAUUAGAAACAAUUACAAGGCCAUCAAGGAUGAGCAUGGAGAAAACUCAGAGGAAAUGAAAAAGUUUUUGGAAGCAAUUGCUCUUAUAUCAAGAGACCACGCCAGAACACCUAUGCAGUGGUCGCGCGAAGAGCCAAAUGCUGGUUUCUCUGGUCCUAAUGCCAAACCAUGGUUUUACUUGAACGAAUCUUUUAGAGAAGGCAUCAACGUUGAUGAUGAGGUCAAGGACCCAAACUCUGUUCUAAACUUCUGGAAGGAGGCUUUGAUAUUUAGAAAGGCCCAUAAGGACAUUACGGUCUAUGGUUAUGAUUUUGAGUUCAUCGACUUGGACAAUGACAAGCUUUUCAGCUUCACAAAGAAGUACGGCAGUAAGACAUUGUUUGCUGCUUUGAACUUUAGCUCUGGCGUGAUUGAUUUUACGAUUCCAAAUGAUAGCCCAUCAUUUAAGUUAGAGUUUGGAAAUUUCCCAAAGCAGGAAGUCGAUGCCUCCUCUAGGAAAUUGAAGCCAUGGGAAGGAAGAAUCUACAUCGAAGAGUGA